AUGAAGUUCUCCACCGCUGUCGUUCUCGCCGCCUCGGCCUCCAUGGCCGCCGCCUACACCCAGGCCGACAUCCCCAAGUGCGCCAUCCCCUGCAUCCAGGCCGGUGCGCCCAAGGUCGGCUGCGAGGUCAAGGACGCCGCCUGCCAGUGCAAGAAGCAGGACGACCUUGCCGCCGAAGUCAUCGGUUGCAUCUCCGAGAAGUGCACGGCCGAGGAAGCCAUGGAAUCCUCCAAGGUCUCGGCCAGCAUCUGCGAGGACCUGAACAGCGGCAAGACGUCCAACACCGGUGUCGUCGCCUCGUCCUCGGGCAGCAGCAACUCGUCGUCCAACGCCGUCUCCACCCCGAGCUCCGACUCCGGCUCCGCCUCCACCCCCAGCUCCACCCCCAGCGCCACCCCGUCCUCGACCAACGCCGCCGGCGUCCUGCAGGCGGGUGGUUUCGCCGCCGGCCUGUCUGCCGCCAUGGGCGCCGUCAUGCUCGCCCUCUAA